AUGACAAGGUGCUUCAGCUUGUCUGUAGCCGUACACGGGCACUUCAGAUCCGGAUUCAUCAAAUCGGGGCUCCGGCCCGUUUCCACCGAUCUCAACGACGGGACCAUCGUCCAUUGCUGGGUUCCCAAAACCCGACCCGACUCCAAGCCCAACCUCCUCCUCAUCCACGGCCUCGGAGCCACCUCCGUCUGGCAAUGGUCCGCCGUCGUCCGCCGCCUCUCCCCGCACUUCAACGUCUUCGUCCCCGACCUCCUCUUCUUCGGCGGGGCCUCCACGACCCGACCCGAACGCUCCGAGUCAUUCCAGGCCCAAUGCCUAAUGGCCCUCAUGGAGGCUCUCUCCGUCAAACGAUUCAGCCUCGUCGGACUCAGCUACGGCGGGUUCGUCGGAUACCGAAUGGCGGCGAUGAGCGGCGGAGCGGCGGUGGUGGAGAGGGUGGUGAUAUGCUGCGCCGCCGUGUGCAUGGAGGAGAAGGAUCUGAGGGAUGGGGUGUUUAGGGUUUCGGAUCUGGACGAAGCUUCGAGGAUUCUGGUGCCGGAAUCUGUCGGAAAGCUCCGAGAACUGAUGGAUUGA